AUGGUGCGUCAGCUCCACGAUGGUAUGGUGGCGCGCGUCACGGACAACGGAACUGUCUUAGAGAUAUUCGAAGUAUCACACGGAAUAAAGCAGGAUUGCGCCCUCUUGUCAACGCUCUUCAGUCUUAUGUUCUCUGCCAUGCUGAUGAACGCUUACUGUGACGAAUGUCCCGGGAUCCCUAUGGCUUACGGGUCGGACGGUCACCUCCUCAACCACAGGCGCAUGCACUUCCAGUCGCGUGUAUCCACAACCACCGUCCACGAACUCCUCUUCGUCGGCGACUGCGCCCUUAACACCACCUCUGAGGUGGACAUGCAAAGGAGCAUGGACCUCUUCGUCGCCGCCUGCGAGAACUUCGGCCUGAUCAGCAACACUGAGAAGACGGUGGUCAUGCACCAAUCGCCACCCAACACUGCCCACAAUGCGCCGCAAAUCACCCUGAACGCGACCCAAAUGCAAGUGGCGGAUAACUUCACGUAUCUGGGCUGCACCCUCUCCCGCAGCACCAAAGUCGACGACGAAGUGGCCCGCCGUAUUUGCAAAGCCAGCGGAGCCUUCGGCCAUCUGCAGAACACCGUCUAG